GUCGAUUUCUAUUGGACGGUUUUUGUGUGAUUUUAACCAAUCACAGUCACCCAGGUCACAGCAAAUGAACAGGAAGAAAAGAUGGCGGCGAAGAACGGAAAGAAUGGUCUACUGGAAAAAUGGAGGAUUGAUGAAAAGCCAGUCAAGAUUGACAAAUGGGACGGUGCAGCGGUGAAGAACUCUCUAGAUGAUGCAGCUAAGAAGGUUCUGAUUGAAAAAUACGGCUACGUUGAAAACUUCAACUUAGUCGAUGGACGUCUGUUCAUUUGCACGGUCUCCUGCCUUUUCGCCAUCGUAGCUUUAAUUUGGGAUUACCUGCACCCGUUCCCAGAGUCCAAGCCUGUACUGGCCUGCUGCGUCGUUUCGUACUUCAUCAUGAUGGGGAUUUUGACCCUCUACACGUCUUACAAAGAGAAGAACAUCUUCCUCGUGGCCCUGCAGAAGGACCCAGCUGGCAUGGACCCCGAUCACAUCUGGCAGCUCUCCUCUAGCCUGAAAAGGUUUGAUGACCAGUAUACGUUUAAAAUUAGUUUCACUGAUGGGAAAACCAAGCAGUCGAGGGAGAUGGAGAUCACGAAGUCGGUCGGGGCGUUCUUCGAUGAGAACGGGACGCUGGUGAUGGACCAGUAUGAGAAAUGUGUCUCAAAGCUUCAUGACACGCUGGCCACAGACAAGAAGACGAAGUAAGCUUUAGUAGAAACUUCAGCGACCCAGCACACGCAGUAACGGUGGCUUUAGUGGGACAAACCCCAUGUUAUUCUGGCUAGUGAGUGUUAUCAGAGUUCAGCUCACAGCUGGAACAGUACAUCAGAUCAACACAGUGUUUUUUAUUGCUUCUGUUAAAGAAAUGGUCCAGUUGUUUUUGUUUUGUGAACUUUUAUUUUUUCUGCAACUUCAGUUUGGUGUUUCAAUUUAAUGCUCUUAUUAAAAAUCCAGACAUUUCUACAACAAGCAUAGAUAGAAAAACAAUGUUCUACAUUAUCAUUAGAUUUUUGUUCAAUUUAAAGGAUCACUUUAAAUAAAUGGUUUAUUUGUUUUUUCCUCGUAAUUAAGAGCAGAUCCAAUAAAGUUUUUGGGUGUUGGGAAGAAAUUUAUAUUUUCAUAAAGCAGAUAGGAUAGGAGUGUUUUUUGGAGGUGUCCUUCAUUAGUUCUCACAUAUUUCAUGAUGUAAUGUGUAUAUGUAUAUUUUGUCCCAAGCCUUAUUACAUCUUUGUAUCUUUUCAAUCUGCAAUUUUUUUUUCCUGUUCUGAAUUUUACUUGUUUAGGCUAUGAGUGACAAUGACAAGCAAAAAAAGGGACUUUGUCCAUCUGUUGUGUUGUCCUCUUGCCGCUUUGAUACUUUUCUGUUCGGCCAUUUAAGCUUAAACCAGGGAUAAUCGUUUUAUGUUCCUUUUAUUUUUUGAGCAUUGGAUCAGUUUUGACCUGUUUUCACACUCAGGAGUGAAUGGACCUUAAUUUCUUUCUGUGUUCUGCCAACAAAAAAUUUCAAGUAGAUUAUCUGUAAUUUAUUUUGAAAGAACAGUACAUCUGGAUGCAGCUUGUUUUUCUGUAUUGUGAAAUAUAAGGCUUGCUAUUCCUAGCAUUUUUGUCUAAUGAUAUUCAGCUUUAGCUACCGAUAUUGUAUGUGCCUGUUAUCAAAUUAGAAAAAAGAAUAAAGUGAUAAGGCAUUUUUAAA